UUAGAAUCGUCCGAACUGGAGGUAACAAGGGUCAUGGAUGAGGAUUUGUGCAGCAGAUUAGAUGAGUUGGGAGAGGACUUGGAUUGCUGCUGUUAGAGUGGUGAUGGAGGCUCUGAGGCGCUUUAAACCCCGAGGGUUAGGGUGUCAGUCAGGGCUUCCAAGUGCCAACGAACUGGUGCUAAGUGACUAAGGGGCUUCCAGUCAAUAGGGAAGAGGGAUACACUUCGCUUUGCCAGACCCUCCUUUUCCCCCUGCCUGCCCAAAUGACCCUUCUCCAGCCCCUCCCCUUGCCCUCCAAAUCGCCCGUCUCCCCUAUCCCGCCCCCACGGCGCGUUCCAGGAUUCGGCAGCGGUUCACAUUCACUCUGUGUGAGCAGAUCGGUGCAGGUGCCGGCGGGGAAGGGUCUUGAGUGAACCGCAUCGUGCUUUCCCAGCCCAGUGUCCGUGUAGCAAGGAGACAACAGCAAGAUGAUGAUGAUGGCAUUCACGCUGACGGUCUCCUCUCUGUUUCUCGCUGGCGAAAGUGCCCUGCCUCAAAAUGCAGAAGAGCGGCUAGCUAACUACCUUUUACAUCCGGAUCGCUAUAAUAGACUCAUCAGACCUGCAAAAAACAGCAGCGAGAUAGUCACCAUUGCAAUAAAAGUGUCCUUGUCACAGCUAAUAAGUGUGAAUGAGAGGGAACAGAUAAUGACAACAAAUGCCUGGCUCACCCAGGAAUGGAAUGACUAUAGACUAAGAUGGGAUCCUGCAAACUAUGAAGGGAUCGAUAAACUCAGAAUAUCUUCUCGACAUCUUUGGCUCCCUGAUAUAGUGUUAUAUAACAAUGCUGAUGGAACCUAUGAAGUGUCGCUUUAUACGAAUGCAAUUGUGUACAACAACGGAGACGUGUUCUGGCUGCCUCCUGCCAUCUAUAAGAGCGCCUGCAGAAUUGAAGUGAAGCACUUCCCUUUCGAUCAGCAGAACUGCACCCUGAAAUUUCGGUCGUGGACAUACGAUCGCACUGAAAUUGAUUUAGUCCUAAGCAGCGACGUUGCAAGCAGAGAUGACUUCAAACCCAGUGGGGAAUGGGAUAUUGUCUCCCUUCCAGGGAGAAGGAAUGAGAUACCAACUGACCCAACAUAUGUUGAUAUUACAUAUGAUUUUAUCAUCAAGAGAAAGCCAUUAUUUUAUACCAUUAACCUGAUCAUCCCCUGUGUGCUGAUAACGUCUCUUGCGAUCCUGGUGUUCUACUUGCCCUCAGAUUGCGGUGAGAAAAUUACGCUCUGCAUUUCUGUCCUGCUGGCAUUAACUGUCUUCUUACUGCUCAUCUCCAAGAUUGUUCCUCCAACCUCUCUGGAUGUGCCCCUGUUAGGCAAAUACCUGAUGUUUACCAUGGUGCUGGUCACCUUCUCAAUAGUUACCAGUGUCUGUGUAUUGAAUGUGCACCAUCGGUCACCCAGUACCCACACCAUGCCCGAUUGGGUGAAGCACAUGUUUCUCAAAAAGCUGCCCACCCUCUUAUUCAUGACGCGCCCAGAGACUCGAAGUCUGAAGGACAGAAUCAGCAGGGAGCAGACAUCAGCUUGUCCAAAUGGCCAGGAGGAUCACACCGAUGUUCAAACAUGCUACAUCAACCCAGAGUCAACAAAGGAAUACAGCUGGCAUUUAGGAGAUCUGUCAGACCAUCAAGAUCUAAGGAAGAAGGGAUCAACAAAGGUCAAUUCCAGCAUUCAAGAGGCAGUUGAUGGUGUUAGAUUCAUAGCAGAACAUAUGAAGAGUGAAGAUGAUGAUCAGAGUGUCAUUGAAGACUGGAAGUAUGUUGCUAUGGUAAUCGAUCGUCUGUUUUUGUGGAUAUUUGUGCUUGUGUGUGUAAUUGGCACAUUAGGACUCUAUCUUCAACCUUUAUUUCAAAAUCACGUCCCACCAAAUACAUUCUCUGAUGCGGAAUAAUUGUUUUUCCUUGCAUGAUUUUCCAAACUUAAAAGGUAAUGAAAAUGAGAGUCAUCCAAACCUGUGGACUUUACAGAUACUCAGUGAAAGUGAAUUGCAACCUUGGAGCUUGUAUGAUGCCAGUGAUCAUUAAAUUUAAACAAGG